AUGGCCGAUAUUAUGGAAGAAGACCCAUCGUCUGGGCUUCAAUCGUCGGAAGAAGAGGAGAUGCCCGUGGAGUCAUUGGUCAAAGGGCGCGCGAAACGAAGUACCGCAGGACUGCACAUGUCUGCCCUUCUUGAGGCCGCCGCGGAUGACGACUUGGCGCUUCUCUUUGAAGAAGUUGAAGACGAUAAUGAGUUUGCGGAUGAGUUAGACCCCGACGCAGAGGAUGAGUUGCUUGAAUCGUCGGACGAGGAUGAAGACCAAGGGCCGAAUGCGCAGAACGACUACGAGGGCGAACAGAAACUACAAAAAGACGAGCGCAAGAAGCGCAGAGCCCAGAAUGACCUCCGGUUCCAGACCUUGCGCAAACGAGUCAAGAUCGAUCCGACCGCCCCAUCCGCCAUGUCCGCCGCUCCUCGCCCGAAGAAAAAGUCGGAGCGUAUCUCGUGGAUUCCUACUGUGGAGGAUGGCCCUACUCGGCAAUCAUCGCGUCGACAGACCAUGGUCAACAAGGAGCUUACGCAUGCUCGUCUCAAGGACAGCCAGGAAAAACGAGUCCGCAUCAUCGCUAUAAUGAAGGAGGCAGAGAAGCGGAAGGCCCAUCUCAAACCGAAAGAGAUGACCCAGGAAGAUCAUCUUGCGGAAGCUGCAAGAGUGGAACGGCUGAAUAGCAAAAGUUUGAACCGCUGGGAGCUAUCGGAAAAAAGAAAGGCGGACGAAAGACGAGCGAGGAUCGAAGCACUACAAAAUCGCCGUCUUGAUGGUCCGGUGAUUUCCUACUGGAGUGGUGUGGCUACAUGGACGAACGGACGUCUCACAAGAGUUGGCAAGAUCGACAUCAAACCAAAGGCAGAUAAGGAGGAAUCGAGGAAGAAAAAGAAAGAGAAGGAAGAUAAGGAGAAGGCUGCAGCAGAGGCAAAGGCCUCGGGGUCUGCAACCAUUGUUGGACCCGCCUCUGUCUCUACCACAGGCACAUCACAACCGCCACCAGACUUCCAUGCAGUUUCUGCUCCCACGAAUCCAACUAAUCCCGCUCUACAUCCUCCCACCUCCACACUAGACCAAAAGACGCCUGAAAACAAGCCACCCGAAAAUGCCGCAGCUCCGACAGCAGAGAAUACAGAAACCCCCGUGGUAUCUUCUGAGGCGAUCGUCAACCAACCAGAUGUAAACUCUUCAGAGACGAAGACCAUCACGACACCUGCCGAGCAGAGCAAGGACAAUGCUGCGGAAAGCAAAGCUCCAGAGGUUGACGCAAAUACACUAGUACCACCCUCUGGGCAAGAUCAGUCCAUCGCCACCGAAAAGCAGUCCUCAGAGUCGUCUAAACAAUCGGACAGAAAGAUGUUUGCUAACGACGAUGCUAUGGAUAUUGAUCAACCUCCAGCGGCUGCAGCGGCUGCAGAUUCUACCAAGAUUGAUCAAAAUAUUCCAGAAUCAGCAGACCAGGCAAGCUUGGCCACUCCACAGGUUGCUGGUGCCCAACCGACUUCCACAGAGACGCCUACAUCACAUGCAGCGGGGACGGUUGUACAAGAACCGCCAGUGGACGAGUCUCGGCCAGUUGAAUCCGCCACUGCUAUCAGCCCUGGGAUUGCACUGGCCCCUAAAGCCUCGCCGGCCACUGCAGCACCUGGUCAAGCCACGGUGCCCGAAAACGCCCCAGUCCAGAGCCUAAACCAACCCUCCACAUUACAGUCCGAAUCACAAUUACCAAAUGGAAUGGUGAAUGAACCCGCACAACCACCACAACCCGAUAUUCCAGAACCCCCUCCAGUGAUCGAGCAUACGGGGCGCUGUCUCACGAUCUUGGAAAACUUUGAUUAUGCGACCGUCAACCAUCGCAAAUACAGCAUGUACUUCAACGCCAAGAAACCUGCUCGUUUGACCAAAAUCUCGUCAUCGCUUUGUGUCAUCACCUCAUUGCCUUCGCGUUACCGCGAUCCAGACACCGCUCUUCCCUACGCCAACUCAUACGCAUAUGGCCAAAUCCGCCGUCUGCUGUCGGAAGGGUAUAUCUGGAGCUCGAUGCUUGGAUGUUUUGUCGGCCCGGCCCAGGCAGCCCGCGGAGUGCCCGAGCGUUUUACAGGCAAGCCGGGUCCAGGUACAGUAAAACUGCAGACCGAUAAGGCUGAGGGCCAGGCCAGGUCUACUACAGGGAAGAGCAUAGACAGAAUGGCUAUCAACAGCGAGGUUCCCUCGACGCCUACCCCGUCCGCGACUCGCGCAGCGCCUCCAGAGCCAAUGGAGAUUGAUAAAGCAUGA